AUGUUCCAACAGAAGGAGCACCUGAAGAGCCACCUGCAGGCCCACGACGCCAACAGGCAGGUGUUCCACUGCCAGGAGUGUGGCAAACAGUACAGCACUCAGCUGGGCUACCGGCGCCACCUUCUGGCCACCCACACCCCCGCCUCCCUCUCUGGUGAGCUCCAUUGCCAGGAGGGGGAGCCCACCCUGCUGGAGCAGCUAGGAAGCCACAACGACAGGCCUCAGCCUCUGGGGGGUGCCACCGGCGCCAUCAGGGAGAGGAAAUAUUCGUGCGAGCGCUGCGACCGACGCUUCUACACCCGCAAGGAUGUGCGGCGCCACGCUGUGGUGCACACGGGCCGCCGCGACUUCCUGUGCCCACGGUGUGCCCAGCGCUUUGGCCGCAGGGACCAUCUGACGCGCCACCUGAAGAAGAGCCACGUCCAGGAGGCCACACCCACCACCCCCACAGCCACACCUGCCCCCACCACACCUGGCCCCGUAAAGGAGGAGCAGAGUCCGGUGUCAUGUGACAUGGGGUCCUCCUCAAAGGAGCCCAUAGAGACCUUCCCCAUGGACAUGUACAGUAGCUAUCCCCUGCAGACCAUGUCCAAUCCAGGCAUGGGCCACCACCAACACUCCCUCAUGCAGAGUUCCCUGUCCACGGCCAUGGGGGUGGGUCGUCACAUGCCGGGCCCCACUCCCCAUCCCCACCCCCACCUCCCCCAGACCCCAGCACCAACAGCAGCCUUAUGGCCACAUGCCCAGGUACCAGCAUGGAUCUACCUCAUACCCCCGCCCUGACAUGGAGAGCUUUCUCAUGGACCUGCAGAGUGGGCUGCCCCCACACCUGACCGCAGCCUCCUCCUCUACCUCCUCCUCCCCUCAGAGGGAGGUGCUCUCGGAAGGCCAGGGUGGGCCUGGGGCUGGGGACCCCCACAUUCUGUCCAGGAGCCCCGCUCUCUCCUCGGCCGAGCUGUCAUGCGCUGCUAACAUGGACCUGGGUCCUCUUCUGGGCUUCCUGCCGUUCGGCCUGCCUCCCUACAGUGCUCAUAUGAGUAUGGGAGGUCUUGUGAUGGGCUACCCCUCUACCUCCACCUCCACUGUGCCGCCCUCCUCCUCCAGUCCCCUGCCUUCUCACGCCCCAGGAGGCCUCACCUUCCUGCAGCCUCCACAACCACACGCACCCCAGGGUCCCGGAGCCCACAACCACAACAACAACCAGCUACCUCAGGGGUUCAGCAACCCUGGAAUGAGCACUUCCACCUCCCUACCUCGCUACUACCAGGCCUUUCAACAGUGA